AUGUCUUCCGAGAGGGGAAACCAUCCUGCUCCUAAAGGCACUAGUCCUCCUAAUCCCCGCCAUGUCAUGCUGCUGUUGGAGAAACAUGAUGUUUGGAUCAACAACAUUCUUCCCUUUGUGGGAAUGGGGCAUUAUGCUUUUAUUGGAGCUACAAACAAGAAAUUGAAUGGUCUAUAUCGAAAAUAUUGCGAUUCUGUAGCUAGUCCCCCCGAGGUUUCUGCUGAACAUGUUCGCCGGGCUGCAGUCAAAACUGAUACUUUUUUUAGUGCCAUAUUUUGUGAUGUUUCAACAGCUGAAUACUGGCUCAGUGACAACUCUGAAGGGCGGAGGCCUUUCAGUGACAAUGUUUGCGGUUGCAUUAGGGAUGUGGGGAACCUUAGGGUUCUUCUUUGGGCUCACAUGGACACAAGAUUUCCAUUGCCACGAGAUAAUAUACACCAGCGAGCUGCUACACGAGGCCAUUUGCAUAUAUUGAAGUGGGCUAGGGACAACGAAUGGCCUCUACCACCAGAAGGUUCAAUCAUCAUAUCAAUCAAUGCGGCUAAAUAUGGUCAUUUGGAGGUGCUGAAAUGGGCCAAAGAUGUUUGUUUCGAAUGCAAACGUGACAUCUGCAUCAAUGCAGCCCAAGGUGGACACUUGGAGAUAUUGAAGUGGGCGAGAGACAAUGGGUGCCCAUGGGAUUCACAGACUUGCGUGUGGGCUGCUUUAGGUGGUUAUUUGGAGCUUUUGAAAUGGGCACGAGAAAACGGAUGCCCUUGGGGCAACAGGACCUGCGAGCUUGCAGCUCGAGGAGGGCAGUUGCAAGUGCUAGAAUGGGCAAGAGCAAAUGGUUGCCCUUGGAAUGAAAAUACUUGCUCUGGUGCUGCUCAAAGUGGCAGACUUGAGGUCUUGGAGUGGGCUCAUGCAAAUGGGUGCCCCUGGUCUGUUCAUACAUGUGCAAAUGCAGCUGAACACGGCCAUUUGGAAAUUCUUCAGUGGGCACGUGCGCAUGGAUGUCCGUGGGAUAAAAGUACUUGUGCUUUUGCUGCUCAUCAUGGCCAUUUGGAAAUAUUGCAAUGGGCCCGUGCAAAUGGCUGCCCAUGGGAUGCGGCAACAAUCAAUCUUGCCAUACUGGGGGGUAAUUUGAAACUGCAGAAUGGGCGCGUGGGUGCCCCGAGUCACACUGGGAUUGGUAGUGUUCUCUUGUAUGGUAAAUUUGUUUGUUUCCUACAUUCCUUUGCUCCGUGA